CGUCCAUAUACCACGUGGACAGCUUGGAGGGGGGAGGGGGUUCGCGAAAAGUCCAGGCUUGUCCACGGAGAGGGGGGUGGGGGUUCGUCAAAUGUCCACGUGGACAACAUUGACAUAAAAAUUAGGAAACAAGAAUCUACAAACGAAACAAAUUAUGUUGCAUUAUUGAUGUGAUUCUCUUCAAAAGUUCGUCCAUACAUUUUAUUUUAUUAUACAUUGUCUUUUAGUUGUAAGUUACUUUUUCAAGGAAAAAAAAAUCAUGGUACUGAUUUACAGACUAAUUUGUUCUAAAUUUACAAAGUUUCUAAUUACUUAGUUUUCUUCAUCGAGGAUUAUUCUGGAUUUAAAAAAAAAAAUGUAGAGCAUGCAAAUGUUGAUGUUUCAGUUAGAAAAUUUUCAUUGAAGUUCUGUAUGGAUUUCUCGAAGUUUCAUAUCCAAUUUUUAAACUACUUCAAAGUUUCGAAAUACAUGUAGGGAUUUGUAGGCUUAUCUCAAAAACUUUUUUGUUGUUUCCUUUAAAAAUCAAGAUGUUUCUAACGGAUAUUAAAGUGUAAACCUCAGCAAUACAAUGUAGUUGCUGUAAAUAUUGUUUUUUUUUUUGUAAGAAUCUAGAAAUAUAAACUCAUCUCAACAAAUAUCCAAGAUUUAAAAUUACCUUAUCUCAACAAAACAAUUAGACAAUCAUAGAUUGAACAAACAUUCUAAAAAACACCGUCUUCAACCAGAGGCUGUACAGACUGAACAUUGAACAAUCACUAACAUUAGGUGAUGGACUUCACACGAAACACACCCAGUGAAGAAUUUUUAAUUUGAUGAAAAUUUUUCACCAACUGUAGCGGGAAUCGAACCCACACUCUCACAAACAUUAAGCUGAAUUUAAAACAAUGUUGAAAACUUGUGGGUACCGUAAAACGGGGUAUCAUUGAUCAGCGGGGUAACAUUGAUCGGCUUGACCGACCUGAUGAAAUGUUCAAAUAAGCACUUUACAUUGAAUCAGUUUCUGUUAUCGAAAGGUAUAUCGUAAUCUGAAAUUAUUUAGCUAUUAAAUGACAUGUAAUUCUUGAAAAUUUGAUUUCAUAAACAUUGAAAUAAAUCGAUUUUUCCAUAACUGUGUUUCGUAACGCAAUGAGAUACAUGGUCAAACAUUCAUGCAUGGCAUGAAUACUAGAUACAAUAUAAGGUUCGAAAUCACUGUAUUACUUUAAUAUGAUAUCCUAGAGUUGGAUUUAAUGAACGAAACUUUUAUGAAAAUGCACUUUUUCUGUAAAAUAUACGAUUUAUUAAAAGCAGGCUGUCAAAUCCUUAAGCUAUUGCCUACCUUUAGGCGUUAUUCGCGGCUUGGAGGAUUUUAAUCCUAAAAUAACUCAAAAAGUACAUAACUUGUAAGAAUUUGGACAACAUAUUCGAAUUCAGCGACCCCGAAUUUAGUAAGUAAGAGUAGUUUUAACACAAACGAACAUUGAUCACUGACAUGCAGUGGCGUAGCAAGGGGGGGUGCGGAGGUGCGGUCCGCACCGGGCCCCCGAAUUCAAGGGGCCCCCAAAUCAGUGAAGGUUUCUUACGCUAGUUUGAAUAAAGUUUUUUAAAUAGCGAAAGUUUGCUCCAAUUAUUAGUUCAAUACUUGCAGAUCUGCUGAAGGGUUUGUAGGGGCCCCUUAGUGAGAUUUUGAAAUGGGCACACAGAUGACUUAUUUGAAGUCUUUUUUUUUUCGAUGAUUGCGCUUUGUAUCUACAGGGGUCCCAAAAUACAAUAAAAAAUGUGCUAGAAAUCAAAAUAUAAUUUUACGAAAUUCAGUACCAUAAACCGGGGUCAAAUUGAUCUUCGGGUCGAAAUUGAUCAACCGUUUUUCCGUUAGAAAAAGCAUAUUUUUUAUAGUUUGCUUUCAAGUAUCAUACUGUUGGAAUCUGAUGCUAAACGAUAUUUGUAAGGAAACUAUUCAAAAAAUGCUUUAUCUACAUGAAAAACGACUGAUCAAUUUCAACCCGAAGAUCAAUUUGACCCAGGUUUACGGUACCGAUAUGGAAGUAAAAUUUAUGAGCAUAAUGAAAAUGUCCCUGAUACUUAUCCCAACCACAGGACCAAACAUAGCUGCUUACUUAGCUUAGGAUAGCAGUUGAAAUUCAGAGGUCUCAUUUAAUAAAGUUAAGAUCUAAACACAUGUCACGUCAAAACUGUUAUAACAAAAAUUUGUGGAUAAGUUUUACUCUCGUACAAAAAAUGCAAUCAACUUAUUCCAACUAUUUCAUCAAGUAUUUCUUUCUACAUGUUCCUUGAAGGGUUUCUGCGGGAAUUCCGUCAGUUAAGGUACUUGUCUCUGGGGAUAUCUUUUACGAUUUAUCAGGAGUUACAUCAGGAGUUCUACUAAAAUUCCUUUAAGAUUAACUUCAGAACUUUUUCCAGGGAUUACUUCAGAAAUUCCUCUAAGCAUUGAUUUAGGAAAGCUUACAAUGAUGCAUUCCUUCAGGAACUUCUCCAAGCAUUUCUAUAGGAACUUCUCAAGAAAUCCUUCAGGAAUUCCUACAAGGAUUUUUUCAGGAAUUUCUUUAAACAUUCGUUCAGGAAUACCGCUUCGAAUUCCUUCAUAAAAUCCUACAAGGAUUAUGUCAUGAAGUCCUUCAAGGAAUCCCUCAGAUGAGCCUUAGGAAAUAAUCUUGUAGGAGUUCCUCAUGGAUGUAGUAUAUGUCAAAUGACAUUUCGAGUGAGACGUCUAUAGUCUCCGUCGAUAUUGCCUUUCAUACAAAGGUUUCGAAGCAAUAAAGAUAGCAUUGUGCCGUCAUUCUUGAUUCGGCAGUCAACCUGAAAACUACUACUAUCCAUUUCCAAACCGAAAACCUAUAAGCUUUAAAGAGUAAUCUCGGACAUAUCAAGUGGCGGCGAAAGGAUAAAAAAAGGAUUUCUCGCGUCAUUGUGAAAGUGCAAAUAAGCAAAAGUGCAAAAGUUUUCUGCUCCAAAAGUGCAGUGGCUGAAAAAUACGGUGUCUUUGGAAGCGAUCAGGCGUUGGCAGUUUCGUCACACCAGUAGGCGUCGAAUCGACGGCGUUACAACAAUUGGAGUUCGUCGAGUGACAAAGGCGUCUGAGAACACCAAGGGAAAAGGUUUUGCCGGCGAAGUCAUUUUCCAGAAGGAGCAGAAAAUAGCAUUGGUUUUAUUUCGACGAUACGGUUGCAGUAGCGGUACGGUAAAAGGGUAAAACUACGGAAGUCUCAAUUCGUUCGGUGUUGGGUUUCGGCAGCGUUAAUUCCGGUGCAAAAGCGGCUCAGUGAGUGUAGUGUUGCAUCGGCGCGAAUUUUUGAGCAUAAUCCGACGAUACAUCGACAGCGAUAGCUUAAACGGGCAUCAAACAGACCUACAUCAUACCAGCGAACCGGCACCAGUAAACUGCGGUUUAUCAAAGAGGAUUUUACGGUGCGGUGAAAGUGUUGGACACAAUCGGACCUCCAGCGGAGUAGUAUCUAGGGCUAACCAGCGGACAGGUACCCGUAGAAUCGCAAGCCAAUACGAUUCGGCGGCGCGAUUAUUGAACUAGUAGCAAGCCAACAUCAAGGGGAGAAAUUUCUCCGGUGCUGUCCAGUUUCCUUGAAGCAGAGGCGUUGCAGGUGGACAAUUACGGAGAACCGGUUGGUAGUUUGUCGCUGAUUUGGUGAGUGAUUUUAUUUUCUCAAUUUUAUUGCAAAUUUUGAUUGGGUUGUUCGGUGAUUUUUCAGUAAGUGCAUUGCAAUUUGAAUAUGGCGGUUAAUGUGAGUACCACCAUUGAGCCUUACCGCAAGGGUAAUCCUUUCGGUGAAUGGAUAGAACGCUUAGAAUUCUAUUUCUCCUACAAUAAUGUGCAGGAGGAGGCAAAAAGAGCUUGCUUUAUAACGCUCAGUGGUCCGGUUAUUUACCAUGAGCUGAAACUCCUGUUUCCGACCAGUAAAUUGUCGGAGGUGUCAUACGGGGAUAUGGUUUCAAAACUUCGAACUAGAUUGGAUAAAACAGAGUCUGAUUUAAUUCAGAGGUUGAAAUUUAACUGUCGUAGACAGCAACCGGACGAGUCCGUUGAGGAUUUCGUCCUCUCUGUUAAAUUACAAGCGGAGUUCUGCACUUUCGGUGAUUUUAAAGAAGUUGCAAUAAGGGACCGCAUUCUUGCUGGGGUGCGUGAGAAGUCGCUCCGCGAGCGCCUGUUAAAUGAGGAAAAACUCACUUUGGCAACGGCGGAAAAGAUAAUCGCCACGUGGGAGCUAGCAGGGAAGAACUCCAAAAACUUGAAUAAUAACGACGACGAUCAUUAUGGUCAAAUAGCAUCUUUGACUCAUCCGGCUGCCAGAGUCGGAUCCACUAUGGGAAAGAUUUUGGCUACCUACAAAGCAGCGGGGGCGAUUAAUGGCAGAGAGGGAGACAAUUCUCGAAGGACUCCGGUGAAAGAAAGAUUGGGAUACAGGCCAUAUGCUAGAAAAUACGAUGAUUACAAAAGGUCCAAGGGGCAGAACUGGAGAGAAUCAGAGAAUCAUCGUGCAGGUAAUUGGAGACAAAAACCAAAUUAUGCUGACGUAACGUGUAACUUUUGCGGCGCGAAGGGACACGUAAAGAGGAAGUGUUUCAAACUAAAGAACAUGCAGCGGGAUGCGGUCAACUUGGUUAACGACUAUGAGCCGGAGCCAAGCGCGAAUGAGGAAAUAGUAAACCUGCUAACUAGGAUGCGAACGGACGAGUCGGACAGCGAUGAUGGAGACGCAGGUGAUUUAUGCUGCAUGAUGAUUUCCUCCAUAAAUAAAAUUAGCGAUCCAUGUUUAAUUAAGGUGAUGGUUGAGGGCAAAGCUUUAGAAAUGGAAGUAGACUGUGGGUCCUCGGUGUCUGUAAUUGGUAAAAGUCAAUAUUUCUCCACUUUUAUAAAUCCCUUAAAAAUGUUUAACCGACAACUGAUUGUCGUAAAUGGGGAAAAGUUAAAAAUCGAAGGAGAGGCUACUGUUUCGGUUAAAUUGAACGGAAUAGAGGUUAAUUUAAAGUUGUUGGUGCUGGAUUGCAAUCAUCGGUUUAUUCCUUUGCUUGGCAGAACUUGGUUGGACGUGUUUUUCUCCAAAUGGAGACAUUUUUUUUCGAAUUCAUUGACAGUAAACAAUAUGGUUGAAAAAAAUGCUUUAGUAGAAGUUGAGCAAAUUAAGCAGAAAUACAAAGAUGUUUUUACUAAAAAUUUCUCAUCUCCAAUCAAAGGGUUUGAAGCCGAAUUGGUUCUUAAAUCAGAUGUUCCCAUUUUUAAAAGGGCCUAUGAUGUUCCAUAUAGGUUAAGGGAGAAAGUUAUGAAUUAUUUGGAUAGGUUGGAGACAGAAAAGGUUAUUACACCAGUUAAGACUAGUGAGUGGGCAUCUCCUGUCGUUAUCGUGAUGAAGAAAAACAAUGAGAUAAGACUGGUAAUUGACUGUAAAGUUUCCAUUAACAAAGUGAUUGUACCAAACACCUAUCCUCUUCCAGUGGCACAAGAUAUAUUUGCCAAAUUAGCAGGAUGCAAGGUUUUCUGUGCAUUAGAUCUGGAAGGGGCUUAUACUCAGUUAGCUUUAACUGAGAGAUCAAAGCAUGUUAUGACUAUCAAUACAAUCAAAGGAUUAUAUACAUAUAACAGACUGCCUCAGGGUGCUUCAUCGAGUGCUUCGAUCUUUCAGCAAGUCAUGGACGAAGUUUUAGCGGAUAUAGAGAAUGUACAUUGCUAUCUCGAUGAUGUUCUCAUUGCCGGGGAGAAUAUGGAGGAAUGUAGAUCAAAAUUGAUUCUUGUUUUGCAAAGGCUGCAAAAGGCAAACAUUAAGGUUAACAUGGAAAAAUGUAAAUUUUUUGUGAAUAGAUUGGAUUUUUUGGGACACGUUGUGAGUGAAGAUGGUCUAUUGCCAUGUCAAAAUAAAGUAGCAACAAUUAGAAAAGCAAAGGUACCUACAAAUACUACGGAGCUUAAAUCGUAUUUGGGACUCAUAAACUAUUAUAAUAAAUUCAUUCCAAACUUAUCGGCCAGGCUUUAUUACCUAUAUAAUUUACUGAAAAAUGGGGUAAAAUUUAAUUGGGACACAAAUUGCCAAAAAGCCUUUGAUGAGAGUAGAAACUGCCUACUAGAAACUCAAUUUUUGGAAUUUUACGACCCUAAAAAGCCAAUUGCAGUGGUCUCAGAUGCGUCGGGCUAUGGUCUUGGUGGUGUGAUUGCACACAUAGUUGACGGCGUUGAAAAACCAAUUUGUUUUACGUCGUUUUCGCUAAAUCAGGCUCAAAGGAAAUACCCCAUUCUUCAUUUAGAGGCCUUGGCGCUAGUGUGUACUAUUAAAAAGUUUCACAAAUAUUUAUAUGGACAAAGUUUUAUGGUAUAUACUGACCACAAGCCACUAGUAGGAAUUUUUGGAAAGAAAGGGCAGCAUUCGAUUUACGUGACAAGGUUACAGAGAUACAUUUUAGAACUGUCAAUUUAUGAUUUCAAUAUUCAAUAUCGACCAUCAGCAAAAAUGGGAAAUGCAGAUUUCUGCUCAAGAUUUCCUCUUGAGCAGUCUGUUCCAAGUGAAUAUGAUGUAGAGCAUGUAAGAAGCAUAAACUUUAGUAGCGAAUUUCCCAUUGAUUGCAAAAUAGUUGCGAGGGCGACACAGGACGACGAGUUUUUACUGAAAGUUCUAUCGUUCAUGAGAAAUGGUUGGCCGGAAAAACUAGAAAAGCGCUUUAUGGAUGUAUUCUCUAAUCAGUUUGAUUUGGAAAUGGUGGACGAAUGCUUGUUAUAUCAGGACAGAGUCAUAAUCCCGCAAAUAAUGCAAGCUGCAGUUUUGAAACUUUUGCAUGCUAACCAUGCAGGCAUGGUUAGGAUGAAGCAGUUAGCUAGACGCUCAGUAUAUUGGUUUGGUAUUAACAAGGAUAUUGAAACAUUUGUGAAGGGUUGUGAGGAAUGCAAUAGUAUGGCGAUUGUCAAUAAACCAUUGGUAAAAUCUCAUUGGGUCCCUACACUUAGGCCGUUCAGUCGAGUCCACAUUGACUUCUUUCAUUUCAACCAUCAUACUUUCCUGCUUAUUGUAGAUAGUUUUUCAAAAUGGGUCGAAAUAGACUGGAUGAAGAAAGGCACAGAUUGUAAUAAAGUUUUGAAAAAGUUGGUUGCAUUUUUUGCUCGCUUUGGGCUUCCUGACGUACUGGUCUCUGACGGGGGUCCUCCUUUCAAUUCCUUCACAUUUAUGGAUUUUUUAAGGAAGCAGGGCAUUAAUGUGCUAAAAAGUCCACCGUAUAAUCCAUCUAGUAAUGGCCAGGCGGAAAGGUUGGUUCGGACUGUAAAAGAAGUUUUAAAAAAAUUCCUUUUGGAACCUGCAUUGUUGGAAUUGGACUUGGAGGAUCAAAUCAAUUUAUUCUUAAUGAAUUAUAGAAACAAUUGUUUAACGACUGAUGGUGAGUUUCCAUCGGAGAAAAUCUUUUCUUUUAACCCGAAGACAAUAAUUGACCUUAUUAAUCCUAAAAAACAAUACAAAAACCAUUUAAAACCAUUGCCGAUUGAUGAUGUUGAGGGUUUAAAUCAUUCUAACCCUGUUUCUAACGCUAAUGAUCAAGUGCAUGACCCCAUAGACAACCUGACGGCUGGUGACGUGGUAUGGUGUAAGAACAAUAACCCACAUCACCAUGUCAGAUGGACUAAAGGCGUUUUUCUAAAACGGUUUUCCAAAAACAUUUUCCAGGUGGAAACUGGAAGCGCGCGCCAAAUGGCUCAUCGAAACCAGCUUCGUCUGGUUACUAACGGCCGGGAGAUACCUGAGAAACCGAAUCUGACGUUGUCCUUGGCAAAUCGGGCGGAGCGGGUGCGGUUUAGCAAUGAUACGGAGGAACCCGAGGGACCGCCAGAGCUACAACAAGCGACAUCAACAAUUCGGAAGCGGAAAAGGUCGGAUGCAUCGUUGAAUUCUACACCGAUUCUUCGGCGAUCGAAACGUAAACGAACGGCAAAGGUCGACGUGGAUUUUCAUUAUGGAUAAGUGUUACACGUGAAGUGUUAUCGAAUACAUUAAGAAGAGUGGAAUGACUAGUAUGUUAAUCGAAUUCAAUUUAAAUAUUUAAUGCCAAAAUGUUAAAUAGUUUGUAAGUUCAAAUAUCUGAAAUAAUAAGAAAUAAUUAAAAAGGGAAGAGCUGUAGUAUAUGUCAAAUGACAUUUCGAGUGAGACGUCUAUAGUCUCCGUCGAUAUUGCCUUUCAUACAAAGGUUUCGAAGCAAUAAAGAUAGCAUUGUGCCGUCAUUCUUGAUUCGGCAGUCAACCUGAAAACUACUACUAUCCAUUUCCAAACCGAAAACCUAUAAGCUUUAAAGAGUAAUCUCGGACAUAUCAAUGGAAAAUAUUUUUCAUGAAUUUCGGAGAUCACGCUUGGAGCCAUACCUGAAUGGAUCCUUGGAAGAUUUUCUAAAGAAAUUGUGGAGGUAUUCCCGAAGAAAUUCUUGUAGAAAUGUUUGCAAGAAUUUUUGGAGGAAUUUCUAAUAGAAUCUUUGUCUUGAUGAAUUCCAAGACGUAUUCGGAAAGAAUCAUUGGGUUGAUUUUGCAGGUAUCUUUGAUGACAUCCUUGAAGGGUUACUACAGUACAAGGAGUAGCUUGAGGAUUUAGGUAAAGAAUUCCUGAAGAAAUAUUGAAGGCAAAGAGAUUUUUGGAAGAACUAAUGAUGACAUGCCUAUUAUUUCUCAAAGAAAUCAAUGGCGGAAACCAUAAUGAAUUCCUCUCAAAUUCUUUGGAGCAAAUCGAAAAAUAAAAGAGAUCCUGUAUAUUUGGAGGAAUUUAUGCAGGAAGCCUAGGGGGGAAUUCUGUGUAAAUCCUUUGGGGAUGAAAGUGUUCAUAUUUGUAGGAUUAUCUGAAGGAAAUCCACGAACGAAUAUUUGUAUUGUAGCUUGAAAAAAAAUCAUCGGAGAAAAAAAUUAAAUCUUCACUGAACUUCCAUAAAAGAUUAUUGAACGAAUUGUGAAAAAGGACUUGAAAAAUUCGCAUAAGGAAUCUUUGGUCGAUUUUCCACAGCAAUUAUUGGAGAAAUUCUGACGAAAUCCCUGCAGGUAGAACUAAAGAAAUGCUUGAACAAAUUCUUAAGACAUUAUUUGAAGCACUUCGAGAAAAACCAUUUGAGGCAUUGCAAAAAGAAAUUCUUGGAGAAAUCUCUUAAAAAAAAGAAUUCCUAAAGGAUUCUUCUCCAAAAUUGCUGAAGUGAUUAUGUGAGGUAGCCCCAAAAGAAUCAUUUGUGGAAAUCUUAAAAAAAACUUUUUAUAGGAUUCAUGGGAAUACAUACAAUUGAAGAAAUUGCUUCAGAAACGCAUGGAGGAGUUUGUAGCAACUUUCGAAGGAAAUCUUUGUAAAGAAGUCCUUGAAGUAAUUCCUAGAUAAAUCGUAAAAUAUAUUCAAGAAAAAGUUCUUGGAGUUCCUCACUUGGAACAAAUGCAUCAUGCAAUCGUAAGAAUCAUUUUUAAAAGUUUCGUGAAGGGAAUCUGGACGAAACUGGUGUUCUUGAUGGAAACCUUGUAAGAAUACCUGAAGGAUUCAUUGAAAGAAUCACAGUAGAAUUUUCUGGAGAAGUUUCUGUAAUAAUUCUGGAAGGAAAUUAAUUUUUUUUAUUAGAAUUUCUGAUGCAUUUCUUCGGAAAUUUCUUUUGGGUUUUUUUUUUCACCAAUUACUUUGAAAAUCCGUGCAGCAAUUCAUUAAGGAAUAUCUUAAUCUCUUCAGCAAAUACUCUAAAAUUUUCUUCGGAAAUUAUUUCUAGAAAAUUUAUGUGGCUAUUAUUUUGGAAACUGUUUCAGCUAUUGUGUCGAAAAUUGAGUGCGCUAUCCCUGUGGUAAAAAUUCUCAAGCUUUUUUUAGCAUCUUUGUUGAAAGCAUCAUUGAAAAUUUCUGCGGCAGAUCUAUUGAGAAAUUGUUAGGCAAUUCCUUUGAAAACUUCUUUAAUGAACUCUCGGCAAUGCUUCAGCAAUGACUUUACGAACUUCAGAUUCUUAUUUCUACGGAAAUUUCUUUAAAAAUUUUGUCUGCAACCUUUUGCUGUUUUUUACUAUUCAUUUGAAAAAUCAUCUGAUAAUUACUUUGGGAAUAACUUUAACACUCUUUUGGAAACUUCUUCGCCAAUUCAUAUGGGAAUUGAUUAAUUAAUUCAUUUGGCAUUUUUUUCGGCAAUUUGUUUGGAAUUUGUUUUGGUAGCUCUUUUGAUAAUUUUUCGGCAAUAAUAUUCGAAAUUGAUUUUAGUUAUUAUUUCUGAAGUUUCGAUAUUCUUUGGGCAAUUGCUUAGGAAAUUUAUCAGAAAACUCCUACGGGAUUUCAGCAAUUUCAUUGAAAGAUUCACCGGCAGUCCCUUUGCUAAUAUGCCUGAAAUUUACGUUUGUUUUUAUUUCAAUAGUUCCUUUAGAAAUUCAUUCGACAGGUACUUUGAAAAUUCCUUAGUCAAUUCGUUUGACUGACUCCGGUAAUUCCUCAGAAAAUUCCUUUGGUAAUUCCUCUGGAUUUUUUUCAUAAUUCUUUACGGAAUUACGUCUGUUAUGCAGCUGGUUUUUGUCUGGUUUUGCAGUUCUAUGAGAUACACUCUUGUGAAUUUAAAAAAAAAUCAAGAAUUUAAAACGGAACGGCAGAAGGAAUUAUCUAAGGAAUUUCCAAAAAUAAUAACCAGAGAAGUUUACAAACAAUUUCCUAAGAAAAUCACAAAGCAAUUUCUAAAAAUGUUUUUUUAAUUUUAUUUCUUGAAAAAAAAAAUCAAAUAUUUUUUUUAAUUUCUAAUGAGGAGUUCUUGAAUCCUUGAAUAAAUUAUUGGAGGAAUUUCUUUAAAAUCUUCGAAAAAAUCUUGCUGAAGUAAUUAUAUAAAUACAUGAACAAAUCCUUGCAUAAAAAAAUGCCCGAAAGAUUUAUUGUAAAAAAAAUGAAAUACUUGAGGACAUCAGUUUAACCCUUCAGGACGCGCGUCGUUGUAACAAUGCCAAAAAAAAAAACCUCGCUCGUCGUAUACAGCGCAAGCACAGUGUAUUUUUAGGCUCGAACAGGCGCGCGUGCUGAAAGUUUGAGUAAGAAUGAAUGAAAUCAAUUGAGGAAAUUCUAAGAGAAUACUUUAUAAAAUUUUGAACGAAUCUUUGGAGAAAUCGUAAGAGCAUGUAUUGGAUGAACUACUAAAGACAUUUUUAGAAAAAAAUCCCGAAGAAAGUUUGGGAGGGAUUUCUGAAGGGCUCUUUGAAGGAAAUUCUUUAAAAUUUUGAAUAAAACCUUGGAAGAAUUCCUAAAGCGAGUCCUGGAAAAGUCCCAAGAGUAAUCCUUGGUAGAAUUCUUGAAGAAAUUGUUAAAUAAAUUAAACAAGGAAAGCUUUAUCCGAUUGAUGAAACCCUGGCAGUAGUUUCUAACAAGAUCCUUAAAGGAAUUCUGAAAGAAUUUUUUUUGAUAAUUUUCGAAAGUUUUGUUUUGGAGAAAUAUUUAAGAAAUCCUUGGAAAAAUUCCCGUAGGAUUUCUAAAAGCGAUUCCUGAAGAAUUCCCUAUGGAUAUCCUCUAUGAAAUCUUAAUCUUGCAUUAAUCACUUAAAAGAUACUUCUAGGCAUUCUUAACGAAUUCCUGAAGAAAGUAGCAAAACAAUCUUAGGAGGAAUCCUUGGAGUAACAUGAGAUUUUUUUUUCAAUUUGAUAAGAUAGGGCGUCUGUUCCUUUACUAUUUAAGCAUAUACGCUCCAACUUUCAUCCGUCUCAAAUCAAAGGAAUGAAGCGCUUUUUGUCUUGUUUCUUUUUUUUGUAUUUUUGUUACAAGUGAGCACGAAUGAUAACAAAAAUUACGUAAUCAUCGGUUCCGUAAUCGCUUUGUUUUCGAAUAGAAUUCAUUUGCGAUUGUAGGAUUAUUAAGGGCAUGUUGACCCUACCAGGAAUUUUCAGAGUUUAUUUAAACGAUUUUUUCGGAGGAAUUUCUAGCGGAAUCAUUAAUAACCUGGUAAAAGAAGGUCUCGAAAGAACUUUGAAAAAUCACAAUAGAUUUUUUUUAAAUAGUGCCCAGAGAAAUGUUAGCAAAAAUUCCUGUAGGAAUCCUUGGAAAAUGUCCUUAAGUUGAUGAAUAUUAAAGAAUUUGUUGGAGGAACUCCAGAAGGAUUUUUCGAAAGAAUUUCUGCAAAACUCCUACGAAGCUCCUCUGAGAAUUUUCUUAGAGGAACUUCGUAGGAAUCCUUGGAGAUUAAAAAAAAAAAUAUCCAACGGAUUCUUUGGGACUUGAAGAACCCUUGCAGAUUUUUAUCGAAACAAGCGUUCUUUAAGAAAUCAUUGGAGGAAUUUCUGAAGAAAUCCUUGGAAUCCUUGUGAGCAAAACGUGAUUUUAUUACGUUUCAAUUCGUUUGUGUUCCCGGUUAAAUUAACAAAACAGUUUUAAUUUCCGUGGGUAGAAUGACAAUUCAAUCGAUAAAAUGACAGUUCAACCCGAACAAAAAAAAUCCCCAUACAAACUUUAAAUGGAUUUUAAAAAUAGUUCCCGGGCACCAAAAAUGAUGAAAUUUUGGAUUUCGACUAUUUUUUGGACUAAAGUGUAGAAUUAGCAUAAGUUAAAAUACACAAAAAUAAAAACAAAAAAAAAUAUUUUUUGGACGGAGAUUCCGAUUAUGAAAUAAUCGGGAUACCCCUGCAGAACCCGAUUCCGAUUUUAUUUUUUCGGAAGAUUAUGUGGUUCCAAAAAAUCUUUGAAGAAUUUUUUGUAGCAUUUUUUUUCUGGAAUCUUCUAGAUGAAUCUUAAGAGAAAUUAUUGAUAGAAACCCUGGUGGACUUCCUGAACAAAUGUUUUGAGAAAUACUCGAUGAUGAAGCUUUUGCAAGAAUCUUUUGAAGUACUUUGAAGUAUUUUUGAAAAUAUCCUCGGAGACAACACUGUAAGAACUCCUGAAGGAGUGCUUAUAGAAAUACUGAAUUACAUCCUUGCAUUAACGGCUUGAAAGAUUCUUGGAGACAAAUUGUUCUUCAAGAAAGAUUUUUUAAAGAAAACGGUAAAGCAAUCUUUGAAGGAAUUCCUUAAAGAUUACUUGGUACAAUUUCCAAAUAAUUUGUUAAAAAAACUCGACAUAAUUCUUAGAAAAAAUCUUACGUUCAUUGAUGGAUUUCAUUGGGUUUUUCAUCGUUUUGUGCAAAAUACAACAGUGCGAUCAGUAAUUUUCAUGGGGGCCCACGAAUUUUGUUCCGCACCGGGCCCCCAAAUUCCUAGCUACGCCACUGCUGACAUGAUCAACAAAAUCAAAAAUUAGUUUAAAAAGUCUAUUUAAACAUUUUUAAAAGUUUUGCAAUACUUUUUCGAGUAGCUUAACACCACAGACAAACAGACGUAACUCUUAGAGGAAAUUCACCAAACACUUUUGCCCGGUGUCAUUUUCAUGAGCACACUGCCACCUGUUGGUAGAACCGCGCGCGACGCUGUCGGCCAUGAUGGGUUGCGAUUUGACAUUUUCCUAACGCGCAUACUACUACACAAAUCGCCUGUAAUUUUCGUUUGCAUCAUUCAGCAACGUGUACACUGGCAAACGUCAAAGCGAUCGAACACUAGCGCCUCUGGUGUAACGAUCGCGCAAAUCAAAUGAAAUUUGAAUUGAUCGUUAAAUGCAUGUUCCAAGCCGUUUUGAAGAGUGUUACGUCUGUUUGUCUGUGUUAACACAUAAUCCGAGGGCCAGUACUUGUUUUAAAAAUAUGAAACAUGUAACAUUUGCAUUAACAAGAGAAUUAUUCAAGAAAGAUCGAAAAUUCUGAUCAAUGUU